AUGAGCACGUCCGCGUUCACCCUCCCGGCGGGCUACGCCCUCGUCGAGGGCUACCCUGCGCCGGAGGCAUACAUGCGCCUCCGCGCCGACUCGGGCCUGUCGCCGCGCACCCCCGCCCAGGCGGCCUGCUACGCGGCGGGCAGCUGGCACGGCGUCUACAUCACCUACGCGGACCCGUCGUUGCCCUCUCCGUCUCCGGUGCAGGGACAGGAACCCUCGCCCGUGGGCAUGGGCCGCAUCCUCGGCGAUGGCUCCUGGUACUUUGUCAUUGCCGACAUGGCUGUCCUGCCGGGGCACCAGCGCAAAGGCCUCGGGGACGCGAUCCUGAAGAGCCUGCUGGCGCGGAUCCGCGAGCGCGCACCCGAGGGGGAGACGUACGUGAGCCUGAUGGCGGACCCGCCGGGCAAGAAGCUAUACGAGCGCAACGGGUUCAUCGAGGGAGUCCGGUGGAACGAGGUGGGCAUGGUGCUGGAGACGGAGGAGGGGAAGAAGAAGGAGAAGGUCUAA